CUGUCAGUGCGACCGUACACGAUGGACGCCAGUCGCCCGCCACCGCCGCAACGCAAGGGAAAAAGCCCCUUUGCCCAGCUACCCAGGGACUGUCUGGGCGGUAUCCUGGAGCAUCUCGCCCUGGACGAUGCCUUGUCGCUGUCGACCAGCUGCAACGACCUGCAGGCGUCCUCCGUGCCGUUUGUCUUGCGAGAUGUCUCGAUGGACUGGACCAGCCGACCGCGCCGACAGGUGCUGCAACUCCUGCAGACCAUCUUCAAGGACCCCGAGCGUGCAUCGUAUGUCCAGCAUGUGAGCAUGAUGGCAUCUGGCGAUCCGUGGGACGACACGCAGCCCGUGGGGGACUGGGAGACCGAACGGCGCGAAUUCGAGGACGUCCUGGACCAGGCGAUGGAUCUGGUGCGACGAGCGGGCGUUGCAGACGCCGAUGACUGGCAUCUGCCCAUCUAUGGAGGAAAUAUCUAUACGCUCGCCACCGUCUUCCUCUCGCAGCUGCCAAAUCUCAAGUCCCUGCGCCUCGACUAUUCGUUUGUCUGGUGGGACGGAUACCCGGGCAUCAUGCUGAAGCAGGCCUUGUUAUGUCCUAACGGAGUGUUCUCGACAUUCCAGCACCUGGAAACGGUCGAGUACGGGGCGAAUGUGCCCAUCGCAGAGACCCACCGACCCGAUGACGACGAGGUGCCCGACGGAUACCCUCCGUACAACCCGGAGCAGUUCAUGGCCUGGUUCUGCCUGCCCUCGCUGCGUCAUCUGAACAUCUGGCUGCGCGAUCUGGAGGGCCUCGAGGAAGCCCGGCCGGACCUGGAUCUCAGCAACCUGGAAACGCUCGUCAUGGCACGCAGCACGGCCACGGAGCAGCAUAUGCAUUUUCUUCUUUCGCGAACACCGAACCUGAAGGGUCUCCACGCAGCGCUGGCCUAUGCCUGGCCAGGCGAGGCGGUUUUACAGGACUCUCCGGUCUUCGUGCAGGCAUUGGAGGCCGUCCGGCCGACGUUGGAGAAGCUCUCCUUGGGGGUCGAAUGCUAUCCCUCCAGCCUCGGCGAUCGUGAGUGGAACGAGGCGGAUGACCCGGCCUUCGACCCUUUUCACCAAUUCCUCACGCACUUCACCACCCUUCGAACGGCCGAGGUCCCUCUAGCGCUUCUUCUGGGAUGGUAUUGGGGCGAAUCGGCCCAUCUCGGCCCCCUUUUACCUAGUAGCCUCUCGCAUCUCUGCUUGCGAGAUGAUCUGCGCAGCUUUUACGAUUUUGAAUGGUCGGAAGACCGUGCGAUCCUGCUGCUAGAAUCCUUUCUCCAGGACUGGAGGUCUCAUACGCCAUCCCUGGAGCGCAUCACGUUGCGCCUCUGGGAUCAGAAUUACACCGGACAGAGACGCGACCAAGAAGAACGCUUGCAAACGGUAGCUAGCGAUGCCGGGGUGGAAUUGCAGAUUGUGGUCGACGAUCUCGGCUCGGGCUUGUGGACUCUAGAUCCUUGAAUUUGACACCAGCGAGCCUUUAAUAAUUCACCUUUCUGUGUUUCUAUGAAUUCAGGGUAGGCGCCUAGGCAAGAGCGGCAUAGGUGAACUCUGAAAAAGCUGUCCAUGUGAUAUCGACGACAUAUCAUUAAGCUCAUCGAGUCCCGGCAGGCCCGAG